CCUGGGGGUUCUGGCUGUUCCCCCAAGUGCUGCUCCACACAGGGUCUGGGCCCCACUGGGGGUGCCACUGCUGGACUUGUCCAAAGUGGCACUCCAGGGACUCACACACACAAAUCAAACCCACACUUGUUCUAACCUGGGCAGAUUUGCCUCUGGGCACAGGGCUGGGAAGCCUCUAAUAGCAUUUUCCUCCUCCACUUCCUCCUCCUCCUCCUGCAGAGCCGCUCAGUGGGGGCUGCCCCACCCCACUGCCAUGGCUGGGGACACCGUCCCCCACCAAAGCCGGGUGAGAGGGAAGGGUCCAAGGUUGCUGCUGGAGGGUGGAACCAAACCCAGCUCUGGGGGGCAGCGCAUUCACCUGCUCAGGGCACAGCAGAGCCCCAGGGACAGGGAGUGGUGCAAGGCAGAGCUGGGGAUUGCAAACCAGGAAGGCAAACUUCGCCCCAGGUUCUGCCGCAAUCCCGGCUCUGUAUAAAUGGCCCGAGUGCCGCCGGCCCGGGCUGUCACUGAGCGGUGCCGCCCGAGGAUGUGGCUGUACGUGGCGGCGGGGCUGGCGGGGCUGCUCCUGCUGCGGCGCUGGCACCGGGAGCGGCAGACGGUGCCGGGGCUCUGGGAGAAGCACGUGCUGAUCACGGGCUGCGACAGCGGCUUCGGGAACCUGCUGGCGCGGCAGCUGGACGGGCGCGGGCUGCGGGUCCUGGCCGCCUGCCUGACCGAGGCCGGGGCGGCGCGGCUGCGGGCGGCCACCUCGCCGCGGCUCCAGACCGUCCUGCUGGACGUCACCUCCAGCCAGAGCAUCGCCGCCGCCAGCGCCUGGGUGCGGGAGCGCGUGGGUGACCGAGGGCUCUGGGGGCUGGUGAACAACGCAGGGAUCGCCAUCCCCACCGCCCCCAACGAGUGGCUGACCAAGGAUGACUUCGUGAAGGUGCUGGAUGUGAACCUGGUGGGGCUGGUGGAGGUGACCCUGAGCCUCCUGCCGCUGGUGCGGCGGGCGCGGGGCCGCGUGGUCAAUGUGGCCAGUGUGAUGGGCCGCGUCUCCUGU